UAUCACCUUAGAUCAUUCACGUGUUAAAAGUGAUAGUGAAAAUAAACAUCAAGCAAAAAAAUCCGAAAUUUUGACAGUUUGAUAGUUUUUUAGUGAUGGGCAGUGGUUUAUCGAUAAAGUGAAGGACUUUUGCCACUACAAAAGUGCUACAAUAACUCAUUUUCCUCAUCAACACUAAAGAUUAAUCACAUCACAAACCAUUAACAAAUUACUCAAAAAAAAAAGUGAAAAAACCAAAACAGUGACAUAAUAAUGUGAUACAAAAAAAUGCCACAGACUCACUAACAAACAGACAUGGCAUCCAACGGCCAACCGCCAGAGAUCAUCACUGACUUCGAAACCAUAGAUUUGGAUAGAAAGUCCGAAGACAAUGGCAAGAACGGGCAACUUAUGGUCAAUAAUGGGCAAUAUGAAGACAAUGGCAAGAACGGGCAACUUAUGGUCAAGAAUGGGCAAUACGAGGGCAAUUGCCUCGGAGUGCCUCGGACGGGGCACCGGCCAUCUAUCAUGGAGGUGGAAUGUGCUAAGGAACGGAUGAGAUUGGCUCUUCUGAAGCAAUGUUCUGCUAUACUGAAGCAAGGUGACCAGAAGUAUACCAAGGAGAGCUUGCAUAGGACCUUUCAGGAUGAGGAUCUGUUGGAGCGAAUAUUUCGACUGUUCGACGCGGAUGCUACGAAUCACUUAGUACAAGAUGACUGGCUCGAAUACUUGAAGGAAAGACUCACAGAUGACAAACAGAUAGACUUCGUGGAACAAGUGGAAAGUGUGGCUUAUGUUUUAUGCGGCAAUGGAGUAAUAACAUUAGACACAUUUCAGAUUAUCUUGAAAAAUAAAGUUGUGACGAACAAGUUAUUCAAAGUAGUGGACACGGAUGGUGAUGGGUACGCGACUGCUGACGAAAUCAUGGAGUUCUUGUCUACAGUUACCAGUAGCAGACCACGAGUGGGCUUCGACAAACACAGCGUGGACCGGCUAGAGGAGUUGUUCCGUCAGACAGUCGGCAAUGAGAAGGAGAUCACCAGGGAACAGUUCCAGAAGAUUGUUGUCUCUAAGAACCCAUUCUUCACAGAGCGGGUAUUCCAAAUCUUUGACGAGGAUGACUCGGGCGCCAUCUCGCUGCACGAGUUCAUCGCCGCCGUGCAUCGCUUCGCAGGGCAGACGCCGGAGGACAAGAUACGAUUCUUGUUCAAGGUGUACGAUUUGGAUGGUGACGGCCUCAUCCAGCACCGUGAACUCCAGCACGUGAUGCGCGCCUGCAUGGAGGAGAACGGCAUGCAGUUCAGCGACUCCCAACUCCUCGACCUCACCACUGCCAUGUUCGAGGACGCUGACACGGAGAAACGAGGAGCCAUCACUUAUGAGGCGCUGAAGAAGCAGCUGGAGAAUCAUGAGGGGUUACUUGAGAAUUUGUCGAUAAGUAUAGACCGCUGGCUGGUCCCUCCGAAGCAAGACCCUCGUCCCCUCUCCUUCCACCAGCGUCUCCGCAAGCUGAAGCCCUACCAGCUCUCUCUCCCGUACCUGCGGAAUAACUAUGUCUUCCUCACAUACCUGGCACUCUUCACUCUUGUCAAUGUGGGGCUGUUCCUCGCGAGAUGUGUGGAGUAUAGAAACGCUAAUGGGUUCGUGAUCUUCGCUAGGGCUUGUGGUCAAUGCCUAAACUUCACGUGCGCCUGGGUGCUGGUCCUGAUGCUGCGGCAGUGCAUCACGGAGCUCCGCGUGCGAGGGUGCAGCUCCGUGCUGCCUCUAGACCAGCACAUCUAUCUGCAUAAGCUGACUGGGGUUCUCAUUGUGCUGUAUAGCGUCGUGCACACGCUCAUGCAUUUGUGUAAUUUUAGUCUAAUAGUAAUGCACGACCCAGUCCUGAACAAGAACAACUACACGCUCUCGGACUGGCUGCUGACGCAGAAGCCAGGUCUGUUCGGGCUGGUGCCGGGCUGUGCCAACCCCACCGGCGUCGCUUUAGCCGUCAUACUGCUCGUCAUGUUCGUGUGCAGCCAGCCUUUCAUCAGACGAGGGGGGAGCUUUGAGAUAUUCUACUGGACGCACCUUCUAUACGUGCCGUUCUGGAUCCUGCUGCUGCUGCACGCGCCCAACUUCUGGAAGUGGUUCGUGCUGCCCGGCACUGUCUACCUCUCCGAGAGGAUCAUGAGACUUGCUUGGAUGAGAACGGAACGCGGCAAGACCUACAUAUCGUCAGGCAUCCUGCUCCCAUCCCGCGUGACACACCUGGUGGUGAAGCGACCCCCGCUGUUCCACUUCCACGCGGGAGACUACGUGUUCGUCAACAUCCCCAACAUCGCGACUUAUGAGUGGCAUCCCUUCACCAUCAGUAGUGCGCCUGAGCAGGAAGACUACCUAUGGCUACACAUCCGUGGUGUUGGUCAGUGGACCAACCGUCUGUACUCGUAUUUCGAGCGGGAACAGGCGCGACUACACGCUGGAGAAGUACCUGCUAUUGAGAAUGGACACGAGAAGCUAGCGCGCUCCAUAUCAAGUCAGAGCAAGAAGAGUCGCAAGGGUUCCAUCGCGAGCACCAACAAGCGCUCAGUAGACUUCUCUCCCAAGUGCUUCACUAAUGAUGCCUUUGUCGGGGAUGAGAAUGGUGAUGUCAAGCUUAAUGAAGCUCCAUCCCCAACAAAGAUAAGAUACGCGCCCUCACUGCUGGCUCCGCCUCGCACGCUGGAGAAGUCUCGCUCGAUGCCCGACGUACAGAAAAACGUCAAGAAACGACAGCGGCUUAUGGCUCUCCGCGACUUCAUGCGCUCAGAAUCAGAGAGCAAGCUGAACGAGGAAGCACUGGUAUCAGCUCGUAAAUCCUUCGGCCUGGCGAGCAAGAUCCCGCAGAACAAGUCCUUGGUGCACAGCUUCAGAUACAUGAGGACUAAGCCGACUAUCAUCGCCUUCAAGACGCCCAGCUUUGAGGAGAGGAGGAGGAGCAAUGAUAGUAUUUUGACUAUUGCACGUCGUCGCCUAUCAAAGAGCUUGUCUCCGGACCGCGACGUGGAGUGUCAGCCGACGUCAGUUGACGACAACGAUGGUUCCGAAGCUACUGAUGAUUUUGAACUCAACUAUCCUAUUGGGAAGCCUUUGGAGAUCUACCUCGACGGUCCCUACGGCGCAGCAUCAUCCCACAUCUUCCUCGCCCAGCACGCUGCCCUGGUAGCUGCCGGUAUAGGCGUGACUCCCUUCGCGUCCAUCCUGCAGGCACUGGCGAGGAGACACAGCGCUGCCCGGCACACCUGUCCCAAAUGCGGACAUGACUGGCCUGCUGACAUGCCCAGACAUGGCAUGAACUUGAAGAAGGUGGACUUCUUCUGGAUAAACCGCGAGCAGCGUUCGUUCGAGUGGUUCGUGUCCCUCCUCUCGCAGCUGGAGAUGGAGCAGGCGGAGAGAGGAGACAGCGAGCGGUUCCUCACGAUGCACAUGUACAUCACCAGCGCGCUGCAGAAGUGCGACAUGAAGGCUGUGGGGCUGCAGCUGGCGCUGGACUUGCUGCAUGAGAAGGAAAAACGCGACCUAAUAACCGGCCUAAAAACUCGCACGAACGCCGGCCGCCCUAACUGGGACAAAGUGUUCAAGCAGCUACAAGAGCAGAACAAGGGCAAGGUGACGGUGUUCUACUGCGGGCCGCCGCAGCUCGCGCGAGUGCUGCGCCUCAAGUGCGACCAGUUCGGCUUCGGCUUCAGGAAGGAGGUGUUCUAGAACGGAGACGAGAGAAAAACACCACAAAAAAAUUAGUAGAUUAUAGGUAGAGUGUGGUCCUAGGUUGCUAAUACCCAGUUUGACCAAGGGACACAGUGUUCAAGCAACUACAAGAGCAGAACAUAUGGUCACAGAUGGCUUUCGGACUGGGACUGUUUCAUUUAGAAAAAGUUAAGACAUAAUUGUGGCUUUGUUUUUUUUAAAUAAAGUUGGGAAAAGAUAUUGUAAAAUAUUUAAAAGAAAUACUAUUUCAUCAAAAUCGUUGGAGGCGUUUUUUAGUACAACGUGAAAUUUUUAUAAUAGAACUCCUUUAAAAACUGAAAUGACGCGUCCCAAUACCGGAUUUUGGUCUCAUUUCACUUACAGUUUUUCGUUCUUGUAUGUAAAUGCGGUAGCGGGGUCGCGUUAUUUCAGCUUACACGAGAUAUACUGUACUUUAAAACUAAUUGCUCGUUUAAUUAUUAUAGGCUUAUAAAGAUAUUGUGAUUAUGACAUAGUAUAUAUGUAUAUGUAGUUUGUAGGAAUUAGAGGAAAAAACGGCCAUUUAUAAAAUACUCUUAAAUUUCUUGCCUCUAAUAUAAGUUAAGUGCCCAAUAUUAUCGAUUAUUGUUUUGUCUAAAUAAGUGUAAUUGUAUAUGACGUAUGUAAUGAUAUUAUUUUAUGUUUAGGGUUAAGUUUUAAAUAUGUAAUUUAUUUGUAAAUGUUGUUUUUGAUAAUUUUAUAUUGCUCAUUUAUUAUUUUUAACCGACUUCCCAAAAAGGAGGAGGUUAUAUUCGUUACCAUAUUAUUUGUGACCUUCUUGUUACCAUUUCAACCAAUGACGAGUCCAGGUUAGAAUUUAGUUAAUAUGCCAUAUUUUAAUGUAAUUGUAAAUCUUUUAUUUACUUAUUGUUGCCUACAGCAUAAUAAUUUCAUGUUUUAAGGACCAGUUCAUUUAAUAAUUUAGCGAUUUUGAAUUAUUUUGGACCUUUCUAUAUUUAAUUAUUAUGCUUGCUCAACUUGACGGUGCCGCAACCACGCACAUUUUAAUUCUAAGACAAUAAGUACUUUAGGAUUUAUAUGGAGUAAAUAUGAUGGAUACAUUAAUAUAAUUAGAUAAGAAUAGACUAUAGUUACCACUUUGUGAGUCCUUGUUUUGAAUUUUUUAAUGUUAAUUCCAAUAAAACUAUGAAGUCCA